AUGCCCUCUGCAAGCCAACACCAAGCAGAGGGCGCCGCGCCGAGGACCAAGAGGGGCUCCAUUGCCUGCGUCGCCUGCAACACCUGCCGUCGUCGCAAGACCCGGUGCGAUGGAAAGCGUCCCGCGUGCAGGCGGUGCAAAGACUCCGGGAAGACCUGCGUCUACGAGGCCAACGUCAACGAAAGUCGUCAGGCCGCUCUGAAGCGCGAGAACGAGGAGCUUCGUCGGCAGUUGGCACGCUUCAAUGACCAAGCUGACCGGCAGCACAUCGAUCCUCACGCGCCGCAAGAUAUUGCUGCCCAUCCCCCUGACGACGAGUCAUUGUCGACCCUGGCCCCGAGCCUGAGUAGUCACUCGCAAUCGGCGGCCCUUUCACCUAUGUCUUCCUGGACCGCCUCAUAUCCACACGCUUUCUCAAUCACAGACGAAAGUCUAAGCUGGACGAACAGGGACCAUCAAAGCAUGGGCAUGGGCAUGGACAGCAGGAGGUCUUCGCGCGCGUCUCUGCCCACCUCCACAUCAACUUGCCAGGCCCUCAUCCACGCCCUCACUUCGCAAUCCGACAAUGAGGCCACUAUGACCCUGGCGAAGCUACGGCUUGGCAUUCCGUGGAGCCAGAUUGUAGACCAACUGGCAGACUCUGGCCACCCUAUCUCGCCAUCACGGGAAACGACCCACAGCAACUAUUACCGAGACCAACGACAGACCCCCCAAAAUCUCGACCACAACAGUAAUGAUUACAACAACAAUUACCGAGACCAACGACAGACCCUCCAAAACCUCAUCGAGUACAGUAAAGAUUCCAACAUCAAGCCCACGUCGGCUCGCGAGCCUCCCAAAGACGAAGAAACAUGGACAGCAGAACAUAUAUGCAAGAUACGUCUAGCAGAGAUAAUGGAAAUCCCAGUCUAUAGAAAGCUUUCGAUCCUCCUCAAGUCCAAGGACGGCCGAAUCGCAAUGCGAAUCAGUACAUUGAAUCUUUACCAUGCAUCCCAAGCCAGGCUCCACGAUGCUCUAGUAGAACAGCCUGGCCUCUGA